GGAUAAAAUGGGUGGAGCUUUUUCUGGCGACCAAUCACAAUCAAUCUAGCUCCGGUUGUGUGGAUUUGAUUGAUAGUUCAUUACAAGAUGGCUGCGCCCAUUUCAAAACAUUUGGCACGUGUGCCAAGCUUUUUGAGUGUUUUGCGUCGACACUGUAGUGCACAAAUUCAGCCGAAGAAGCAACGGAAAAAGACAAAAUCACAAACAGCCCCACCAGCAUCAUCGUCAGAGCCGCUACCCGAGGAGUUCACUCCCACCUUCACGAACACAGAGGAGACAACUCAUCACGCCGACUCAAACUGUGCCAAAGCCUACCUCAAUAACAAACUGCGAGAGGCGGUCACGCCUCUGUGGAAACUCCCUUACGAGAAGCAGUUACAGCUCAAACAGCUCAAGAAUUCCAACGUGCUGUUGAAACUGACAAAUGCUCUUAUUGAGCAAGAAGCUGCAGUUGGCUUAACGGAGAUCUUGGACAGGACCAAGAAAUUUGGAGGAGUGUGUUGUCAUUUGGAAAGAAUAAAACCUUCGCCACUGACGGAAGGCUACAGAAAUAAAUCAGAGUUCAGCGUUGGUGUCGGAGCCGAUGGAAACAGGAAGACGGUAGGACUCUUCAUCGGAGAGUGGAAAAAGAAAAAUAUCGUAUGUCUGCCCUCCGGCCCUGCGAGGAACAUCAGCCAAGCACACAAAAAUGUUGAAAAGGCCUACCAGACGUUUCUCCUGCAGUCCCCCCUCGACGUGUCCCUCAGCUUCAAGGACAGCGGCAACUGGCGAGGGAUGACGGUCCGUUCCAACCAGGAAGGAGACCUGAUGGCGAUCAUCAGCUUCAGUCAGAAUGAUCUGACCGAGACGGAGACAGAGGAUGCCAUGCUGUCGCUGCAGGACUUCUUUGCUUACGGGGAAGGCAAGGAUUGCGGGCUGACCUCUCUCUACUUCCAGUCCAGCUUUCGGACAAGGGCCACCAAUGAGGACGCCCCGUUCCACCUCCUGCUCGGCAAGCCCCACCUCCAUGAGACCCUCUUUGAUCUGCAGUUCCGGAUCUCCCCGGACGCCUUCUUCCAAGUCAACACCCCGGCCACGGAGGUCCUGUACUCCACCGUCAUGGAUCUGUGCCGGCUGGGACGGGACACCACGGUCCUGGAUCUGUGCUGUGGGACGGGGACCAUCGGACUGGUCAUGGCAGACAGGGUGAGGGAAGUGGUGGGGAUAGAGGUGAUACAACAGGCGGUGGAGGAUGCCAGAGUCAACGCAGAACUCAAUGCUAUAUCCAAUGCGACAUUUGUCUGUGGCCCAGUGGAAGAGGUUCUACCUGACCUCCUCCCAACACUAGAGGGCGCUGGUGAUCUCGUGGUAGUAGCCAAUCCGGCAAGAGCUGGAUUACAUCCGAGAGUUGUACGAAUCAUCAGGAACAGCCAUUCAAUCAAGAGGCUGGUUUACGUGUGCUGCAAACCCGAGGGAUCGGCAGCCAAGAAUUUCACAGACCUGUGUUGCCCCCCUACUACCAGACUCCAUGGCAAGCCGUUCACCCCCAUCAAGGCCGUCCCUGUCGAUCUCUUCCCAGACACCUACCACUGUGAGCUCGUCCUGCUUUUUGAGAGGUGAUUCCAGGUAAAAUCUGGCCUAGUUUAAAUCCUUUUCAAUACAUUUUUUACAUGACAUGUACAAAUUUAUGGCUUCUGACUAGCGCCCCUGAACAAAGAUAUUGACAAACUGGGGAACCACCAACAUGGGGCUGGAUAACUCAGCUAGUAGAGUGCGGGUACGAUAAUUCGGAGGUCGCAGGAUGAUAUACCGCUCCAAUCAAUUUCUUUGUUCAACUUAAAAAUUUGUUUUAAGAACUAAGAACACCUGCUGUCUGGGAACAGAUCCCAGUAUGAUUUUUGUUGUCACAGUUCUCAGGUUUUGGUUGUACUAGCUGCAUUAUUUAAGGGACCUUGUGUCAGCUCAUGUCAAGAAAUUCAAAGCAUUGUGGAUAAGCUUACUAGCAUAUUCAGCACGAGUGCUUAGCCAUGUGUAUGAGUACAAAUCUUAGCCACGAUUAAGAGUAUAAGUAAUUAGCCAAGAGUAUGAGUACAAGUACUUAGCCAGGAGUAUGAAUAUGAGUACUAGUACUUAGCCAUGAGUAACAGUACAAGUACUUAGGCAGGAGUACAAGUACUAAGUCAUGAGUACGAGUACAAGUACUUUGCCAUUAGUACGAGUACAAGUACUUAGCCAUGAGUAGGAGUACAAGUACUUAACCAUGAGUAGAAGUACAAGUACUUAGCCAUGAGUAGGAGUACAAGUACUUAACCAUGAGUAGAAGUACGAGUACUUAGCCAUGAGUACGAGUACAAGUACUUAGCCAUGAGUACGAGUACAAGUACUUAGCCAUGAGUACGAGUACAAGUACUUAGCCAUGAGUACGAGUACAAGAACUUAGCCAUGAGUAGAAGUACAAGAACUUAGCCAUGAGUACGAGUACAAGUACUUAGCCAUGAGUAGAAGUACAAGAACUUAGCCAUGAGUACGAGUACAAGUACUUAGCCAUGAGUAGAAGUACAAGAACUUAGCCAUGAGUACGAGUACAAGUACUUAGCCAUGAGUAGAAGUACAAGUACUUAGCCAUGAGUAAAAGUACAAGUACUUAGCCAUAAGUAAAAGUACAAGUACUUAGCCAUGAGUAGAAGUACAAGUACUUAGCCAUGAGUAUGAGUACAAGUACUUAGCCACGAGUACGAGUACAAGUACUUAGCCAUGAGGGGAAGAAUUCCAUAC